CUGGGGGAAGGAAAGUGGAGGGGGAGGCGGUGGCGACGUCCAGCCUGAGAACCUCAGGAGAGGGAGGUGACGGGACGCUGCGAGGAAGAGACCUGAGAAAUUAAGUGUCUUGCCGAGUAUAGUGGAGGUUGGAACCGCUGAGCAGGGAUUCUGGGAAGCAUCGCGUCCCUGAGCCCCCAGUAUGGCGGGCCUAAAGCGGCGGGCAAGCCAGGUGUGGCCAGAAGAGCAUGGCGAGCAGGAGCAUGGGCUGUAUAGCCUGCACCGCAUGUUUGACAUCGUGGGCACCCACCUGACACACCGAGAUGUGCGCGUGCUUUCCUUCCUGUUUGUUGAUGUCAUCGACGACCAUGAGCGUGGACUCAUCCGAAAUGGACGUGACUUCUUGUUGGCUCUGGAGCGCCAGGGCCGCUGUGAUGAGAGUAACUUUCGCCAGGUGCUGCAGCUGCUGCGCAUCAUCACUCGCCACGACCUGCUGCCCUAUGUCACCCUCAAGAGGAGACGUGCUGUGUGCCCUGAUCUUGUAGACAAGUAUCUGGAAGAGACAUCAAUACGCUACGUGACCCCCAGAACCCUCAGUGAUCCAGAACCAAGGCCUCCCCAGGCCCCUAAAACAGUGCCUCCCCACUACCCUGUGGUGUGCUGCCCCACUUCGGGUCCUCAGAUGUGUAGCAAGCGACCAGCCCGAGGGAGAGCCACGCUUGGGAGUCAACGAAAACGCCGGAAGUCAGUGACACCAGAUCCCAAGGAAAAGCAGACCUGUGACAUCAGACUGCGGGUUCGGGCUGAAUACUGCCAGCAUGAAACUGCUCUGCAGGGCAAUGUCUUCUCCAAUAAGCAGGACCCACUGGAGCGCCAGUUUGAGCGCUUUAACCAGGCCAACACUAUCCUCAAGUCUCGGGACCUGGGCUCCAUCAUCUGUGACAUCAAGUUCUCUGAGCUCACCUACCUCGACGCAUUCUGGCGCGACUACAUCAAUGGCUCAUUACUAGAGGCACUUAAAGGUGUCUUCAUCACAGACUCCCUCAAGCAAGCCGUGGGCCAUGAGGCCAUCAAGCUGCUGGUGAAUGUGGACGAGGAGGACUACGAGCUGGGUCGACAGAAACUCCUGAGGAACUUGAUGCUGCAGGCGUUGCCCUGACCUUGCCGCCCCCUCACUUCUCUGGGGACUGUUCCUACCACCCACCUCUGGAGCCUACAUACUGUUCUGGGGUUUGUUCUCUACCCUUCCAACCAAUCACAAUCUCCCCCCCUUUUUUUUUUUAAAGGAAAAGACAAAAGAAAGUGGAAGUGGUGUUCCCUACCCCUCCCUGCACCCAUGUGCCUGGGCUUCCCCUUUGUUUCCCUUUCCCACUCACCCCCAACAUGUGUCUCUAAACCACCUUCCCACUGAGCCAAAAGACAAAUGUGUAGGGAGAAGCAGAGUCUGCAGAGCAUAGUCUUCACAAGGGACUGAAGCGAACACUGCUUUGGGGUGCACUGAGGGGUUAUCAAUACUUCUGGCUUUAUGAGGGCUCUUCAAUUUUGUCUGAAAAACCAAAGGGCUGUGAGUAAGGGAGCUAUGUGGAAGGUGGGACUCUGAAGUGUAUUUUGGAAAUGAAUCACCACCCUCUUCCAAAUUAUAGAAUUUUUACAAAA